GGCGUUUGCCGUGCUUAAACACAUUUCGGGUGUUGCCGCUAGUAUUUUCGUUGUAUGACGUCAUGUUGCCUUCUGAAUUUUAAUGGUGUUUUGUAUAUGCGGGUGUUACGGGUGUCGUGUACCAGUGAAAUAAUAAUUUUAAUGUAUAAAAUUCCAAUUUUUUUCAUGAAAAACUGUUGAUACGUGAAACGGACGUUUCAUCACCGUCUGAGGUAAAACCAGCCUGGCUGGCAAGCACUCAAAAUGACGACGGACAUCAGUAUAGUGAGGUGGGACCCGACACUUCAGCAGGAAAUCAUCGAUGAUUAUGAAUACGACGGUGGAAAUUCAUCAUCCAGACUUUUUGAAAGGUCGAGAAUCAAGGCGUUAGCAGAUGAACGAGAGAGUGUCCAGAAGAAAACCUUUCAAAAAUGGGUAAAUUCCCAUUUAGUUCGAGUAAACUCACGCAUCACAGACUUGUACACAGACAUGAGGGAUGGCAAGAACCUUAUCAAACUGCUGGAGGUACUCUCAGGAGAACGAUUGCCCAGACCAACAAAAGGCAAGAUGCGUAUCCACUGUCUAGAAAACGUAGAUAAAGCGCUGCAGUUUCUUAGAGAACAGCGCGUACAUCUAGAAAAUAUGGGCUCACACGAUAUCGUAGACGGGAAUCCUAGACUGUCGCUUGGUCUCAUUUGGACCAUCAUCCUUCGCUUCCAGAUACAAGAUAUCACUAUUGAAGAGACUGAUAAUCAAGAAACAAAAUCUGCAAAGGAUGCACUUCUUUUAUGGUGUCAGAUGAAAACAGCUGGCUAUCACAACGUGAAUGUACGCAACUUUACAACUUCGUGGCGAGACGGCUUGGCAUUCAACGCUAUAAUUCACAAGCACAGGCCAGAUCUUGUUCAUUUCGAGAAACUAUCAAAAUCAAAUCCAAUUUAUAACCUCAACAAUGCAUUCAACGUAGCAGAAGAUAAAUUGGGCUUGACCAAGCUUUUGGAUGCUGAAGAUGUGUUCGUAGAGCAACCUGACGAGAAGUCUAUCAUCACAUAUGUAGUUACAUAUUACCACUACUUUAGUAAAAUGAAGCAAGAAACGGUGCAAGGAAAACGUAUUGGAAAAGUCGUAGGCAUAGCAAUGGAAAAUGAACGAAUGAUUAAAGAAUAUGAAUCACUGACAAGCGAGUUACUUGCGUGGAUCGAAGCUACCAUACAAGCGUUAGGGGAAAGACAAUUCGCAAAUAGUCUGUCUGGUGUACAACAACAGCUGGGACAGUUCAAUAACUAUCGAAUUGUCGAGAAACCACCAAAGUUUGUUGAAAAAGGAAAUCUGGAAAUCCUCCUGUUCACGCUGCAAUCCAAAAUGAGGGCGAACAACCAAAAGCCGUACACGCCAAAGGAAGGGAAAAUGAUAUCGGACAUCAACAAAGCUUGGGAGAGGUUAGAAAAGGCCGAACACGAAAGAGAAUUGGCACUAAGAGAAGAGUUGAUCAGACAAGAGAAACUAGAACAGCUAGCCGCACGAUUCAACAGGAAAGCCAGCAUGCGAGAAACUUGGCUCAGCGAAAACCAAAGGCUUGUGUCACAGGACAACUUUGGGCAAGAUUUGGCUGCUGUAGAAGCUGCGGCUAAGAAACAUGAAGCUAUUGAAACUGAUAUAUUUGCCUACGAAGAACGGGUACAAGCUGUGGUUGCUGUUGCCGCUGAGUUAGAAGCUGAAAACUAUCACGAUAUGGAGAGGAUCAACGCCAGAAAAGAGAACGUCCUGCGCCUAUGGAAUUACCUUCUGGAAUUGCUCAAAGCACGCAGAAAUCGCUUGGAUCUAUCGUUGCAACUACAACAAAACUUCCAAGAAAUGCUGCACAUUCUUGAUGCUAUGGAGGAAUUGAAAGCCAGACUGAUGACAGACGACUAUGGCAAGCAUCUGAUGGGUGUCGAGGAUCUAUUGCAAAAGCAUAAUCUUCUAGAAGCCGAUAUAAAUAUCUUAGGUGAGAGAGUCAAGGCAGUAGCGAGCCAGUCGCAAAGGUUCGUGAACCUAGAAAACGACGAAGGUUACACACCAUGUGAUCCAGCGCUUGUCAUAGAACGUGUCCAACAACUUGAAGAGGCAUACGCGCAACUGGUUAGGCUGGCCGUUGAAAGAAGGUUGCGACUUGAGGAGAGCAAGAAACUGUGGCAGUUCUAUUGGGAUAUGGCUGAUGAAGAGAACUGGAUCAAGGAGAAGGAGCAGAUCGUGUCUACGUCUGAUAUUGGUCACGAUCUGACCACUGUCAAUUUGUUGUUGAGUAAACAUAAGAUAUUAGAAAAUGAACUGGCAGCUCAUGAAUCGCAGUUAGAGUCAGCUUUGGGAGUUGGCGAAGAACUAAUCAACGGCGGCCACUUCGGUGCUGAGAAGAUUCAAGAACGCCUCAAUGAGAUCAGAGAUGCAUGGAAACACCUUCUUGACUUGGCAGCUUAUCGCAGAAAACGACUUGAAGAAGCUGUCAACUACCAUCAACUGUUUGCUGAUGCUGAUGAUAUUGACAUUUGGAUGUUGGAUACUUUGAGGCUAGUUUCCAGCGAGGAUGUUGGUAGAGACGAGGGCAAUGCCCAAUCGUUGCUGAAGAAGCACAAGGAUGUUACCGAGGAACUGAAGAAUUAUGUCAGUGUUAUUGAUUCAUUACAUCAACAGGCUAAGGCACUUGGACCUGAGGUUGCUGAAUCUCCUGAGGUAUCCCAAAGACUGGCGUCUAUCGACAACCGCUACAAAGAACUUCUUGAGCUGGCCAAGCUCAGAAAACAACGUCUCCUCGACGCCCUCAGCCUGUACAAACUCCUCUCGGAAAGCGACGGUGUGGAGCAAUGGAUCAGCGAGAAAGACCGAAUGUUGCAGACGAUGAUUCCGGCCAGAGACAUCGAAGAUGUCGAGAUCAUGAAACACCGCUACGAAGGCUUCGAAAAGGAAAUGAACGCGAACGCUUCUAGGGUUGCCGUCGUGAAUCAACUUGCGCGCCAAUUGUUGCACGUCGAGCAUCCGAACUCAGAGCAAAUCACUGCCAGGCAGAAUCAACUUAACCAGAAAUGGGCGGAGUUACGUGAGAAGGCGGAAGCGAAGAAGGAAGAAUUGAACUCUGCCCACGGUGUGCAAACAUUCCAUAUUGAGUGCCGUGAGACGACCACGUGGAUCGAAGACAAGAUUAGGAUUCUUCAGACGACUGAUAGUCUUGAGAUGGAUUUGACAGGUAUAAUGACAUUACAAAGGAGGUUGUCCGGCAUGGAAAGAGACUUGGCUGCUAUCCAAGCAAAACUCACUGCCCUACAAAAAGAAGCGGACUCUAUCGAGGGUGAACACCCCGAAGAAGCUGCUGUUAUCAGAGAACGCAUCACUCAGAUUCAGAUCAUUUGGGAGCGACUCACCCAGAUGCUCAAAGAACGCGAUUCCAAACUGGAAGAAGCUGGAGACUUGCACAGAUUCCUGCGCGAUCUCGACCACUUCCAAGCGUGGUUGACCAAGACACAAACAGAUAUCGCUUCCGAAGAUACGCCCAGCUCGCUUUCUGAAGCCGAGAAGUUGCUGUCUCAACAUCAAGCUAUUCGAGAGGAAAUUGAUAAUUACACUGAAGAUUACGCGAAGAUGAUGGAAUAUGGAGAGAAGAUCACUGCAGAGCCUAGUACACAAGAUGAUCCUCAGUACAUGUUCCUGAGGGAACGUCUGAAGGCCUUGAAAGAUGGAUGGGACGAGAUUCAUCAAAUGUGGGAGAAUCGACAGCAACUACUGUCACAAUCUCUUAGUCUUCAACUUUUGGACAGAGAUGCAAGACAAGCAGAAGUUAUACUUAGUCAGCAAGAGCAUACUCUUAGCAAGGACGAGAGUCCAUCAACUCUGGAACAGGCUGAAAACCUCCUAAAACGCCAUGAAGCAUUCUUAGCAACAAUGGAGGCUAACGAUGAUAAAAUCAACGGUGUGGUCGAAUUCUCUCGCAGACUUUGCGAUGAAAAUCACUUUGCUGCCGAUAAGAUCCACAAAAGAGCAGAUAACAUCGAUGAAAGGCGCUUGGCAAACCGAGAAAAGGCACAAGCACUGCUGGAAAGGUUGAGGGAUCAGCUUGAACUUCACCAAUUCCUUAGAGAUUGUGAUGAAUUAGGUGAAUGGAUACAGGAGAAGCACAUAACUGCUCAAGAUGAAACAUACAGGUCGGCUAAAACGGUACAUUCUAAGUGGACUAGGCAUCAAGCAUUUGAAGCAGAGAUAGCUGCCAACAAAGAACGGCUGCAUAAUUUGCAGAAAGCAGGAGAGGAAUUGGCAAAGGAGAAGCCAGAAUACGCUAGUUACAUCCAGCCUAAGAUCGAGGAGCUAGCCGACCAAUUCGACGUUUUGGAGCAAACGACUAAAGAAAAGGGCGAGCGUUUGUUCGAUGCCAACAGAGAAGUCCUCAUCCAUCAAACCUGCGACGAUAUCGACUCAUGGAUGAACGAACUCGAGAAACAAAUCGAAAGCGACGAUACUGGUAGCGACUUGGCCUCCGUUAACAUCCUCAUGCAGAAACAGCAGAUGAUUGAGACUCAGAUGGCCGUUAAAGCGCGACAGGUGGACGAAUUAGAAAAACAAACGCAGCAUUUAGAAACCGCAACUCCCGAAAAGGACAUGCAACACAUCAAAACGAAAAAGAGCAAGGUAGAAGAACGAUUCCAAAAACUAAAGGAACCUUUGCUAGAAAGGCAAAAGCUGCUCGAAAAGAAGAAGGAAGCUUUACAAUUCAGGCGAGAUAUAGAGGACGAACUAUCGUGGAUCUCAGAGAAAAUGCCCCUAGCUACUUCCACCGAAUAUGGAAACAGUCUGUUCCAAGUUCAUAUGCUGGAAAAGAAGAACCAGUCUUUGCAGACGGAGGUUGACAACCACGAACCAAGGAUAAACACAGUAUGCAAUAAUGGACAGAAACUUAUCGAUGAAGGACAUCAAGAUGCAGCUGAGUUUAGUCGCCUGAUCAGCGAACUCCACAAAGCUUGGCAAGAACUGAAGGAUGCCAUAGAAAAGCGCCGCGAGCACCUGUUACGCAAUGAGCGUGCCCAGCAGUAUCUUUUCGAUGCCAAUGAAGCCGAGAGUUGGAUGAGCGAACAAGAGCUUUACAUGAUGGUUGAGGAUAGAGGCAAAGAUGAAACUUCGGCCAGAAACUUGAUGAAAAAGCAUGAAAGCCUUGAAGCUGCUGUUGAAGCCUACGCAGAUACGAUUCGUCAGUUAGGAGAAACUGUAAGAGCACUAGCAGCUGAGGGACAUCCAUUGGCUGAACAGGUAGCAAUUAAGCAAUCACAACUGGACAAGUUGUAUGCUGGACUGAAAGAUUUGGCACAGGAGAGGAGAGCAAAACUAGAUGAAGCUUUACAACUAUUCUUGUUGAACAGGGAUGUUGGAGACUUAGAACAAUGGAUCGCUGAUAGGGAAGUUGUCGCCUCUUCACAAGAACUUGGCCAAGACUACGACCACGUGACCCUCCUAUGGGAACGGUUCAAGGAAUUCGCCCGCGAUACAGAAACGAUCGGCGGCGAACGUGUAGCAGCGGUGAACGAUGUCGCUGACCAGCUCAUCGCCGCUGGACAUUCAGACUCUGCUACCGUGGCCGAAUGGAAGGACGGCUUGAACGAGGCUUGGCAAGACUUGCUGGAACUGAUCGAGACGCGUAUGCAGAUGCUGGCCGCAUCCAGGGAGCUGCAUAAGUUCUUCCAUGAUUGCAAGGAUGUGCUUAGCAGAAUCGUCGAGAAACAGGUGUCGAUGUCAGACGAACUUGGUCGCGAUGCAGGCAGUGUAAAUGCAUUACAGCGUAAACAUCAAAACUUUGUGCAAGAUUUGCAGACGCUGCAUUCUCACGUGCAGCAAAUUCAGGACGAAUCGGCCAAACUGCAGGCCAGCUAUGCCGGAGACCGCGCGAAAGAAAUCACCAAUAGGGAGCAAGAGGUUGUUGCCGCGUGGAAUGCAUUGCAGCUCGUGUGUGAACAACGUCAAGCCAAACUGGCCGAUACUGGAGAUCUAUUUAAAUUCUUCAAUCUUGUGAGAACGUUGAUGCAAUGGAUGGACGAAUGGAUCAGGCAAAUGAAUACCAGUGAAAAACCAAGAGAUGUCAGCGGCGUAGAAUUAUUAAUGAAUAAUCAUCAAAGCUUGAAAGCUGAAGUAGAAGCUAGAGAAGAUAACUUCACAUCAUGCAUUUCGCUUGGCAAGGAAUUGCUGAAUCGUAAUCACUAUGCUAGUUCCGAAAUUAAGGAGAAACUCGUUAUGCUUACCAACCACAGAAAUGGUGUGCUUCAACGAUGGGAAGAAAGAUGGGAGAAUCUUCAGCUGAUCCUUGAAGUGUACCAGUUCGCUCGUGAUGCUGCAGUUGCAGAAGCUUGGCUGAUCGCUCAAGAACCUUACCUAAUGAGCCAGGAAUUGGGACGAACGAUCGACGAGGUCGAAAAUCUGAUCAAGAAACACGAAGCCUUCGAAAAGUCGGCAGCCGCACAGGAGGAAAGGUUCAGUGCGCUGGAGCGGUUGACAACAUUCGAAUUGAGACAAAUGAAGAGGCGCCAGGAAGCAGCCGAGGCUGCCGAAAAGGCAAGAAAAGAAAAAGAGGAGGCUGAGCGAAGAGCUCAGAUGGAAGCAGCGAAACCUAAGGAAGCUGAACGUGUAUCCACGGAUCAUCCAGAUACGGGUGCUCAAUCGGGCGAGGAGAGAGUUGGUGAGUGUAUUUUAUUUAAUAUUUGUUUCAGUUUAUUCUCCAGGAACUACAAGAUUAUCCUUCAUAUUUCAUUUUGAGAUGCACAGUAUAGAGGGAACGAGGUGAGUUACGUGCCUUUAAAGCAAGGAUAUAUUCUUUAACAGUUACAGGUAACUUCAGGGCUUCAAAUUUUCUUGUUGGUUUUGAUGAAAAUUGAUUUUUAUUUUAUUAUGAUUUUAAAAUGUGGAGGAGCAGCUAAACCACAUUAUUUUUUCUUUAGGACAGCACUACUUAAUAGAGUAUUGGGAUAUGCUCAGUCUAGACGUUUCCAGACAAGGUAGUAGUCUUUAAGCAAGACGAUGAUCGAAUGUUUAGUCUUGCAUAUGGAUUAUUUCUGAUCACAUCUUGUAAUGGGCAUUUUUACCGUUUUAAGUGCUGUUUGUCCCAAUUGUUUGCUCUGCAGGUAAUAUUUAUUGUUUUCACAUAUGCAUGUAGGCAUCUGAGAAGUAAGUAAAUAACACGUCACAGUACGCCGAUCAAAUUUAUUUUACCCUUCGAUUUUAAGUUUGUUUAAUAUUUGCAUUAUCUCUUGAACGCACAAUAUGAUACGUGCUUAGGAUUACUAGCGUUGCCAGUUAUGGCGCUGGAGUGUUUAUCUAAAAGGUAUCCCAAUAUGUUAUCAACUUUGUACCCAUCCAAAACUUGUGAGUGCGAUUUCCAAUUUUUUCAGCUUAGUUUUGGAUUUGCUGAUCUACUUGUGGUUACUUUAUGUUGUCACCAUGCAUACAGUAUGAAUGGAAAUACAAUAUUAACAGGUCUAAUUUCAAUAUUUCCUUUAAUGGAAGUGGGUGGUGUGUGAUAUAACUAUGGAUGCCAAUCACAGAUUCAAUACUCUUCCUCCAUUUUCCUCAAGUGUAAAUUGACUUGCAUAUUUUGAAUAGUUAUUUGGUUUGGAUUCUCCUACAACGUGGCGAAUGUAUAAAACAAAUAAAAUAAAGUAUCUACAAACGACCAGUAAAUACAAGACAUUGCAUGGACAGCAGCAGAGACCAGUAGGCCCAAGCACUUCAAGGUCACCUGAUCCACGGGACACAAGGAAACCUCUUGCACAAGCAAGAAGCGAACUGAAGUCUAGGAAAAAGGAACGUUCACGCAGUAAGUCACCGUUCAGGAGUUUUCGAUGGAAAAAGGAGAAGAAAAUAUCCACAGGUGCACAUAGUGAUGAUGAAGGGGCUUCCUCAGCUUACCAAGGAAGCGGUCCAAGCGAUAGUGGCGCCAGCGGCGACGUCUUGGAAGGCCAUCUGGUGCGAAAACACGAAUGGGAGAGCACCACAACAAAGGCGACGAACAGAUCCUGGGACAAGGUGUAUUGUUUGGUAAAGGGAACACAGAUGAGCUUUUACAGGGACGCGAAAAAUGCCAAGUCGACACCCGAUCAACGUUUCAAAGGCGAACCACCGCUGUCGUUGAGAGGUGCGCAGGCUAGCCAAGCGCAGGAUUACAAGAAGAAGAAACAUGUGUUCAGGUUGAGG